UGCAUUACGAAAUUGCACCGUAUUGAGCGCUGUGGGAUCAGAGUUUUACCGAUUUGUCCUGUGUUAGCCACUUGGGGACUUUUUAUGCUGUAGCUCGCUUUUAUUCGUAAUUUUUAUCACCAUGUCGGUGGCUUUUGCACCUCACAGACAGCGAAAGGGUGAUAUAACACCCGCUGGAAUACAAAAGUUACUUGAUGAAAACAACCAGCUGAUCCAGUGUAUAAUGGACUUCCAGAGUAAAGGCAAAACAGCCGAAUGUUCUCACUAUCAACAGAUGCUGCACAGAAAUUUAGUGUAUCUGGCUACGAUAGCAGACUCCAAUCAAAACGUACAGUCUCUCCUCCCUGCUCCACCCACUCAAAACAUGCCCAUGGGGCCUGGUGGCAUGAACCAGAGCGGACCCUCUCCCCAGCCCCCUCACGGUCACAACAUGCCCUCUGAGGGGAUGGUGAGCGGUGGCCCUCCAGCUCCCCAUAUGCAGAACCAGAUGAAUGGACAGAUGCCUGGGCCUAAUCAUAUGCCCAUGCAAGGUCCUGGUCCGGGUCCCAACCAGCCUCCAAACAUGCCCAGCGGCUCCAUGAACAUGCCCCCCAGCAGCCAUGGCUCUAUGGGGGUUUACAAUCACGCGGUGCCCUCUUCGCAGGGCAUGCCGGCUCAGAGCCAGAUGAACAUGACCCAGGGUCAGCCUAUGGGAAGCUACGGGCCUCGACCAAACAUGAACAUGCAACCCAGUCAAGGUCCCAUGAUGCAUCAGCAGCCUCCAACGCAGCAGUACAACAUGCCUCCUGGUGGUGGUGGACAACACUACCAAGGGCAACAGACUCCAAUGGGCAUGAUGGGCCAGGUCAAUCAAGGGAACCAUGUUAUGGGACAGAGGCCGAUGCCACCCUACAGACCCCCGCAGCAAGGACCCCCCCAGCAGUACCCAGGGCAGGAAGACUACUAUGGGGACCAGUACAGUCACGCAGGACAGGGAGCCUCAGAAGGUAACGCACAGUAUGGCCAGCAACAAGAAGCAUACCAGCAAGGCCCGCCACAACAGCAGGGUUAUCCUCCGCAGCAGCAGUAUCCAGGUCAACAAGGUUACCCACCACAGCAGCAGGGUUAUGGUCCCUCCCAGAGUGGCCCAGGACAGUAUCCCAACUACCCACAGGGACAGGGACAGCAGUACGGGGGCUACCGUCCCCCUCAGCCCGGACCCCCACAGGGCCAACAGCAGCGCCCGUACGGUUAUGACCAGGGGCACAUGAGGAAAUAAAGAAGCGGGGAUUUGAACCCCUGACUAGCUCUAUAAGAAGCAAAGGGCCAGUAUGGAAAUUACCAGCAAUGAGAAAUGGUCACAGUUUACCUACACAACUCCUCUCUGAUCUCUGAGUUUUGACCUCUGGUCAGCUGCUAAGCAGACAAUAAUGAUGGUUUCAGCUCAGAUCCUCCCGGACACAAACACGCUUAUGAAUACAAGAUAUGUUUUCCCCUGUUUUUGGGCUUUUACCCUCUCCAGCGAAAUGUAUCCCUGUUCAUCAUGCACAUGUCAAAGUCGGUGACCUUGCUCCAGUGUCUCAAAGCGGCAAUGCCUUAACAAAAAAAAAAAAAAAUGGAACUGCCUUAUCCUUUAGCAUUGCAGAGUGAGGAAUGUGGCAACAAAGAUUUUUGGACACCAAAACUCAAAUGUCAAAUUUUCAAUGUGUUUGAGUGCAUCAGCUCCCUGCCCUUCAACUCUCCAAUCACAAGAAGCAAUAACGUAGGGAUUUGCUAGGGGGGUUUGAAGACAAAAAGAUGCACCAGGUGAAUUUCCAACUAGGCCAAUGGUACAUGUCUCAGUGUAUGUGAUGAUGUAAAAAAAA